AUGGACCAGAGUACAUACGAGCCGAAAGCAAUUGUUCACUGUCUCAAAGAACAAGACGAAAUGGGGCAGCGUAUUGUUCUAAUCAAUGCCUUGGUUGACUUCGGUCGAGUCGAAAAGAUGCCAUCCGAAAGGAUUAUAUCAGAAACAGAAUCCCAGUGUACACCAAAUACAAUCAAACCUCAUCAUAUGAAGUAUCAACUUGCUCAGAACAAGAUCCUUCUUUGUCGCCUGAGCCGCGCCACGGUCCGAUCUGUCUAA